AUGUCUGGACCGGCAAUUAUCAAGUUGAAGCGCAAGAGGGAUGAGCCCGCAGUCGAAACGCUGCUGAUGGAGAGGGGCCGAAAGAAACCGUACAGUCAGUCUGGUCAGGAUGACAGCCAACCUCUGUAUGUGCUUCAGAAGAGCGAGCCAGAGUGCGUGCCUGCUCUGUCUCAUGUAGGCGGUGAGCAGCAUCAGGGAGACGCACGAGCUUCGCGAAACGGUGAUACUCGAGCCAAAGCACAUGCGUCAGGAAGCGGAUCAAAUGGCACACCUAGUGUACUUAAGAGGAGACGGUUCUUCCACCUGAAGCGUCCGAGUACUCCUGAAGCUGCCAUCAACACGAGACGCAAGAUGGCUAAGUGGAAUGGAAUUGCUACGUUCAUGGAGAAGAAGGAGGAGAACCAGAAGAAGGAGAAUCAGAAGAAGGAGAAAAGGAAAGCCGUUGAGAAGUUUAGACAUGGUUUGCAACAAGGAAAAAAGCUGGACAUGCUUGAGCGCGACGCUGCCGAGAAGAAAGAUACUCCGCCGGCUCCCCAAGUUCUGAAGCGGCCUGGAAAGGGCGCAGCGAUCAGAUCGGCUGCACGCUCCCUGGAGAAUGAUCAAGGCUCAAGCAGCAAUAUACAACCUGUAGUGCAUCCAAAGCUCCAAGAGGUGGCAGACUCGCUACACAGCUUCGCAGUCGAAGAGGCAGCCAUGGAGGCAGCACCGAAGCCGAGGAUUACCUCAGCCCCGAAGCUGCCACCGCAGCGGAGCCUUGAACUGCAUCGUCAGCGGGCCUCGCAAGUCAAUACUCAGACGCAACACUACUAUAUGGAUGUAGCUACAGACACGGAUGAUGAUACUGACUACGUCUACGACACCUACGUGCUUGCGUCAAGCUCCGGCGCCGGUGCAGCCCAAGUUGGCGAGGAAGGAGCGCUUGGCAAUGUGGGCUACCUUGUCAUCACGGAAGAGGAUCAAGCUAUUUGGGAGACUUAUCUCGAGGACGACCCCAGUGAGAAAGAUUGGGACAGCGAUGAAGAAGAUGAGAAUGCCGAGGACUGGUACGGCGCUGACUACCCGGAUGACGAACUUGCUUCCGAUGAUGAGUACAACCGGAAUGCAUAUGGCUAUCGUGCUCACGCGGGAUCGGAUGAUGAAGAGUGGGAUGCAGAGACUGGCAACCUCAGUGACGACGAAGCCAAUCACGAAUCUCGGCCGUGGCGCAAGGGAACUCCGCAGCAGUUCUCCGAAUAUUUCAACUAG